AUGGCACUUCCCGCUGCGCGCUCGCUUCCAACACCAGAGGACUCGCCAACACCAACAGUGCCCGGCAUUGUUACAUUUGUCAUUGGCAAGGCAGGAGAGCACAUCGCGGCGCGACAGCUUCUCGAGCUCAUCCGCAACGGAUAUUCCGCGGCUUCGUUCCGCUUGGUUGCUGCACCUGGGCUGGCUUCAGAUCAGCUAUGGGCAGCGAUUGUCUUGGACGCUGAAAACUCGCUUCCCAGUGUGCGUUUUGAGCGCUUCCAAGAGGGCUGCACGCCUGAUUUUGGCGCAGUGUGCCAUCGCCAAGACACAACGGAUGGUUACACGGUCCUCGCCGAGCCCUUGCCUGCCGGUCAAAUUGCCCUUUCUCGCGUCAAACUUGCCACAGACAAAGCGGAACGUCACAUUGGUUUUGUACGUGACUCGACGGCGGUGGAAGUUCCUUUGCCGUUCGAAGAGUGGGUCAAACGGGUUGCUAGCAUCAGCCCUCAACAAGUGCUGCAAAUGACGACCUGUGACCCCCGCCGUGAAGCCCAAGACGUUAUCGUCUCCCCGGUGGAGUUGAAGCAAGGCCCGGUACGUUCAUCCAACGACAAAGGCGGAAACUUGGCUCCAGAGCUUCCUUGGCAAGUGCCCGAAACGGAGUUUGUCGAGUUUAAGCACCUCCGUUCGCCUCGCGUCAAAUACGACGCCCUGUGGGAGCUUGUUGCCCGCACGCUUGAUCCGCUGAUCAACUCGUCGACUCGAACGGUCAGAGAGAGAACGCUUUGGAUUGGAAUCGAUGAAAGCUCGACCGCACCCCCCGUGGCGUUGGGCCUUCGAGUGCAGGAAUGUCGGGUGAACUCGUCCGCGAGAUCGCCCAGACCAGACCCCGGCCUUCACAAUCACGACAGCAGUGACCACAGUGACAGCAUUGGCAAAAGUGACAGCGUUGACAUCAGUGACAGCAUUGACAUCAAUGACAGCAUUGACAACAGCGACAGCGUCGGCAGCAAGGCCGACAGCGACCCAUCGACUCACAACCAACGCGACAUAUUCACCACUCCACAAAGCUCGCCAGAUUUAGGCGUCGAAGCGCGGUUGGACAAGGAUUUGCAAGACUUUUUUGGCCUUCUCUUCCCUGCAUGCCAGGCAACUGUUGCCGUGACUUGGUACAAGCUGCUCCCCAGCUCCGGAGUGCUCCGACAUGUCGUAACGAUUGGCGACAAUGUCGCUCGAGACGACUGGAACAGCCUGCGUCGCCAGCUCCAUGGGCACAUGUUUGAGCUGGAGGAUGCCCCUCCCAUGAUGAUUGCUGUUGGUGUUUCGGAUGCGGCAUUGCCUCUGUUGCUUGCUUGGAUUGUCGAGCAGAAAGAGAAGGCCAAACGCAAGUUCAAACAGUCAAAUCAACAACAAGAGCAGCAGCAGCAGCGGCAGCAGCAGCGGCAGCGUUCCACCUCAACACAAGUUCGUGCGUUCGAGGCCGAGAGAGACACCGUGCAUGCUCGUCAAGUUAUUGGCAUCCGUGUGGUGUUGCCCGAAAAUGUGGCGCCAAUCUAUGUCCACGAGGGUCGCAUCCGGGCGUUUGUCUACUCUGAUCGACCUUCAACACCAUUUGAUGUGUGGCUGCGCGUUCACCCGACUGACGUGAGCGCGUUGGAGCUACUAUGCAACGGUCUGGUUCACAAGGUCCUGGUGGGCGUCCCUCCGAGGGAUUCCUGGCUGGCUGACGUCUUCUUUGACUCUACCCUUCCUCAAGUCGGCGCCAACUCUGUGCUCCAACUGGAUGCGGCGCGUCAGCAGCGCCCGGGAGCCCCUGUGCUUCUUGUCGUUGUCAUUGAUUCCGCCACUUCUCACAAUGAGCUCCAGCAGUUGGUGGCACGAUUGGGCGAGCAGGAUCGCAUCAUUGCUGUUCCUGUCGGCAGCCUGCCGCACAAUCGGGCACCUCUCUCUGGUUUGGCGCGCGACCGAACUUGGUGCCUGCAUCCCUACCUGGCGCUCGAUUUUCCACACGUCAAGGAGAGUGCCAAGCAGGUUCGCGGCACGGAACGUGCCAUUCAUCGCAACAACCUGCCUGUUCGGUCCAUUCCACCCCCGGUUCACUCGACUCUAGAAACUGAAACCGUUCGGCAAUGGCUUCGAGGCUGUCUGCACCACGUUCCGGGCAACAAUCAACUUUUGUGGGAUAUGAUCCACCUCCAGGUGGCGGUGCAGCGCAGGCAAGUCGGGACCAUUGUGGACCAUGUAAGUGGUAUGUUCCAGCGCUCCGUCCGUCGGCCGUCUGCGUCCGGUGUAGACGCCUUGCAAGUGCUCGUGCUCUACCGACGCUUUCGCGGCUCUGGCGCAUCGACGAUGUUGCGACUUGCUGCACGCGAGCUGGAACGCCAGAACUACCGUGUGGUUAUUCCAAGUGACAAUGUCCGCGGCAUCACUCCGGAAGUCUGCGACACUCUGCGAGCAGACGGGCAGUUUGUCCUCGUCGUGGACGACGCUCCAAGUGACUGGCUAUCGACACUCGUUCAGCGGACACGCGGUCGGGCUCCUCUUGGCGUGAUCGUUGCUGUUUGCGAUGCCCUGCCAGACUGGGCGGAUACAAUGCUAACAGUGGAUCCGUUUCUGACACCGGCUGAAGUCGGCGGCUUUGUGACGCUUUAUUCCAAACACUUCCCCGAAAGUCGCGAAGCGCUGCUUGAACUCCGAAAGGCCGCCAACUCAAGGCAGUCCGUUCAAACAUCUCGCUUUACUUUUCACCUUUUUACUGUGGCCGUCACGGCAGCUCGCUGCAAGUUUCAACCACUCGAAGACUUUGUCGACACCCAGUUGGCGUCCGCGACGCGUUCGAGCAAGACUCUGCUCACCUCGUUGGCCAUCUUGGCUCUGUUUGCUCGUGACUCGUUGAAUUUGCCCACAACUCGCGAAGUCGGCCUCGACGCUGCCGCGCAAGAACUCGUUGGGCAACAGCAAGGGUCAAUGUUCAUUUGGCACCCGCUGAUUGCGCUGCACAUCCUCAAACCGCAACUGUCGACGUGGUCGACCGCGCCUAUUGCCGGACUGGCUUUGAUGAUUGUGCACAUUGCCCAGCACCUGGGUGAUGCUCUUGAUCAGCUAUUGUUUCAUCGCCAACGCGAACUCGGCGAAACUUUCACACCUCCGGUUCGGUUUGCCCUGCAGUUUCUGCCACAAACCGCCGACCGUCAAACCACCGUGCAGGCUCUGAAUGCGCUGGUGGAAGACGUUUGCAGGUUUGGCGACCUCUCGUCUGAACGCUGCUUCUUGCUUGUGAUCGUUUCCCGUAUCUGCCGCAUUCAUCUGCGUUGGGCAAACGAAGCGCUUGCCUUUGCCGAUGCUGCCCUGGCCGAGUUCAAGCGAAGAGCGUCUGCCACAGGAAGCGGCAAACCACGGACAGACCAUGCGCUUCAGCACAACCGCGGCAUGUGCUUGCUCGCCACCGAUCUUGUUUCAGCAUUUGGUCUGUUUCGCAACCUUGCGAACAAGGACCCGGAGAGGCAGCAUUUCGACAGCUUCCGCUGCUGCGCUACGUAUCGCGACCGCCUCGAGAUUCUCCAGACUCCAAAGUCUCGCGAGUUGCUUGCAUUUUGGGAUGCGUAUUUUGGGCGUGCGGAUGUAGGGUGUGGUCCCGAGCGUCGACAAGCCCCUGUCCGUGAUGUGCAGCCGUGGCAACAGCGUGGCAUUCACUUCACUGACAAGGAGCUGCAGUUCAUGUUCAAUUGCGACUAUUGCUGCGUAUUCUUGUCAGCGGGUCGACUCGCUGAUGAUGUAGGUAGUUGA